AUGGAAAAAUUUGAUUUAAAAGUUGCUCUGAGUUUGUUACCGGUUAUGAAUGACGACUUAUCUGUAACUAAACAAUUAAUAGAUUCCGUUGAAUAUUAUGAAACCACCCUUACUGCCGAUUCUAAGCCCCAAUUAAUAAAUUUUGUGUUAAAAAAUCGUUUAUCGCAAUCAGCAAAACUUAAAUUACAUCCAAGCUAUUCUAGUAUUUCAGACUUAAUUCAUGAUAUGAAAAAAGAGCUUUUGCCGAAAAAAUCUGCUACGGCCAUCCAAACACGAUUGCUGAAUUUUAAGCAGAAUGAGUUGACCAUCGAAGAAUACGGUAAGCAAAUCACUGAAAUGUUUGUUGACUUAACUAUUUCACAGGCAGAUAACGACCCAGAGACUUAUAAGGUGCUUAAGCCCUUAAAUGAAAAGCAAGCAAUCAAACGAUUUGCUGAUGGACUGCGAAAUCGUAGAACCGGGACUAUUAUUACAGCGCGUAACUUUACAUCUUUAAAAGACGCUAUUCAAUCUGCAUUAGAUGAGGAGUUGCCAUCCACUUCUAAUUCCAAUUUAAUGACUAUAAAUAAAAAAGUUUCCUGUUUUCGAAAUUCCAGGGGACGUUAUAAUUACCGAGGUAAUCAAUAUCGAGGGUACCGUGCCCACCCACAGCACGGCGGUGGUAUGAGCAGAGGCCAACAACCAACGUGGCGUGGCACUCAGCGAGGUAGAUCAUGGCGUGGUAAUUCCCGCCCGUACCAGAAUAGAGAUAUGAAAAAUAAAAACAAUAGCUUAAACGUUGGGCAAAAUCAAAGUUAUGUAAACAUCAUCGAUCGAAAUAAUUCACAGUCCCAACCCACCCCAUCUGUUGAUAAUAAUAAUCAGUUUUUUCGUGAGUAA